AUGACUACUAUGAAAACCAAAAAAACUAUGACUCAGGAUGAGGUCAUUUAUCUUGUUGAAUUAAUACAAGAUAAACCAGCGUUAAUGACAAAGGCAACCAAUGCCACUACAAAUAAGCUUAAAGAUGAAGCUUGGUUGUCUGUCACAACAUCCUUCAAUGCAAAGUGUUUGUCUAUCCCCAGAAACAAAGAACAACUCAAAUUAAAAUGGGAUAAUUUAAAAAAAGCUGCUCGCAAAAGAAGUCAGCUGCUUCGGAUGAACAAUCUCAAGACGGGUGGUGGAAAACCAGAGGGUAUACCCCCAGACGACAUUUUAGACAAAGUCGCAGGUCUUUUAGGGUCAACCUGCUCGGGCUUUGAAGUUUCUUUUGGUGGUGACAGAAGCGAUAACAAUGUAGUUUUGGUGGAAGACAGUGAUGUUGAAAUACAAGACUCAGCGGACAGAAAUGAUGCAUCACAAAACAUUUCCGAGGAAGAGUACAAUCCGAGUGAAGGUAAAUUUAGAAACAGACAUCAAGACACAGGGGUGCUGCAGCGUAAUUUAGCGAUAGCUAAAUAUUACGAAAAAAAAACCGAGAAAUUAGAAUUAGAAAUCCAAUUACUCAAAGAGAGGUCUAAUUGGGAGUGUCAAGAGUGUACUGUGCAGCUGCUGAUGUAUGUUUCUGACGCUGACGCUUGUGAAAGUCGUCGAGCGGAUUCGUUAUACAAGGCAUCGUCUCCACAAGUCACGUGCUUGAAGUUGUCUCAAGAUGAAUGGUUCAAAGUUUGCACCACACACAACACCAAAAAAAUCAUAAGCAGUGAGGUCCGUAAGAUGCGGAGGAACGUCGACACACGUUGCGGCUGCGGAUGUGACGUCACUUCUCCGGCGUUGGAUCUGCCACCUGGAAAGCGAGCGUCUGGUAAGCGCGCGCUGUGUGUCGUCGUUCCUAUGAGGCUGCAACAACGCGGGGCGGCGGGCGGUUUAUUUGAAUUUUAA